CAUAAAUGUCAGGGUGUUGUCAUACUCGUGUCAAAGUAAGGUCUCCGAGAAUACCGUUAUGUAAAGUCAUUCAAGUGUUUCUUUAAUGAGAAAUGUCUACAAUAUUUUAGCCUUAUUUCUCAAUUAAACGGAUCUUUUCCUGCGUUUGUUGCCAAGUUGACACGUGGGAAGAUGGCCGAUCAGAGUGAUACCGUACCACCGAGAGUAUCCAGGCUUUCGGUUACAAGGCAAUAUUUCAAACACAAAACUGUAUUUUAUCUAAGUAUAGUCGAGAUAUUUCUUGGAGUUGCUAGCAUUGCAUUUGGUUUGACCGCAAUAUUUGUGGGAUGUUACGCAUCUUUCGUUGGCACCGCAAUCUGGAGCGGCACAAUUUUUGUUUCAUGUGGAAUACUGGGCAUCUUAGCUGCAGUGAUAAAAAAUAAUGGCACGCUAAUCAGUGCUAUGGUCAUGGCUAUUAUAUCUACCAGUGUGGCAGUAGCACCCAUCAUCCACGCAAGCUAUUCCAUGGCAAAUGAACAAGAAGACACGUGUUACGAUUAUGAAUGUAACUGUUAUGACUGGUGUCAUACUACCAUCAGUGUAAGACAAGGCAUCAAUUUAUCAAUCUUGCUGGUGGCUGUCAUCGCAUUACCCAUUUCUCUAACUAUUGCUAUAUUAUGUGGAAAACCAUUAUGUUACGUAACAAAGCCAAUCAUACGCCCUGUUCCAGACAUACGUACCGGACCUACCCAAGGGUGUCCACUGAAUAUAGCUGGUCACACUGGUGGUCAAGAAUUCAUUGUUAUACCAUGCACCAAAGAAAAUGUAAAGAAGUUGGGUGUUUGGAUAUCGUCAAACGACGAGCAGAACGCAGUUGUCAACUCAUAUGACACUACGUCACAUUUGCCAGAACAACCAGUGUACGAACGUGGCGACUCGAAAGAGGAAGUAUUAAACCCUGCGUUUCAGUGA